GAUGGUGCCCGCAAUUCGAUGCGCCUGGCCCCGAUUUCUCCUCUUCUAGGCGCUCCAUCUCUAGAAAUUGAUUCUUCUCGUCUCGAGCUGCCGGUUUUGAGAUAGAUUUUCUCCGGCGGGGUUUCCAGGAUGCGGACGAGCUUCCGGCUGCUGCUCUUCGCGCUCGCUAUUGCGGCCUCCGCGGCAGCGGUGGUAGCAGCGGCGGUAGCAGCUCCUGUAUGCCCCGUGCCAUCGCUGGAGGAGUUGCUGCUGCCUCUCCGGGAUUCCUGCCCCAAAAUCACUCGCAACGCUGUCCCCAGGAUCUGGUCGACAUCGCCUUCCAGGGUCAUCGAGCUUGGCGAGGGAGCCUUGGAGCAGGCAUUGAGCAACGAAACUUUCACUGCUGUUCUCUACUACGCGACGUGGUGCCAGUUCUCCAAGCAGCUCAAGCCAAUGUUUGAGACACUCUCGAUGAUGUUCCCGACGAUCUUCCAUGUGGCAGUGGAGGAGUCUUCCAUCAGGCCAGGAGUGUUGUCAAAGUAUGGAGUCUAUAGUUUCCCAGUGCUAUGCUUGCACAGUGGAUCGUCCAGGUUUCGUUACUCGGGCCCGAGAACUUUGGAGGAUCUGACGAUGUUCUAUGCCAAUAUCACAGACAUGCCACCGUCCAAGUUGGUGAAGGCUUUUGGCGCAGAAAACAGUACUUCCAGUGAGCCCGCUCUGUCAGAGAGGCUUCAAAACGAUAGUUACUUGGUGCUGGCGUCGUGGUUUCUCAUUCUCAGGAUCUUGCUGCUGGUUUUGCCGGUGGCAGUGAACAGGGUGAAGAAUUUCUGGGAAAGGUGCCACCUUUACAGGAUGAUGAAGCCCAGGGGAGUCAACGACAACCAAGGAGCUGCAGAAAGAGGCUUCAAGCACAGGCGGCGAUUGUCCGUCCCAGGAUGGUCUCACCAGAUCACUUCUCCAUCGUCGUCGCUGGCCAUUGCCGAGAGCAGCACGAGAAGAAUCGGCCCAGCGGAAGAUCUUGGCGGUAGAAUCAUGUAGGUGUUCGUUCCAGGAUGGAUUUUCUCAGGUGAAGAUUUUUCAUGGCAUCAUCCAGUUUGCUACGUAGGCACGACAAGAGUGAACAAUUGAUUUUGGGAAUGCUGCUCCACAUUAUGAGAUGGAUUCCACAAAAUGAGAGCUCGAGCUAUGGUGAGCUAUUCCUGGGAAGAAACUUUCUCUGUCUCCAGUUCCGCCGAGAAGAAGCAGCAGCAGAAAUUCCAGCUUCCGGCUUGGGUAACUCGGCAGGCAGCGCAGUAGCGGCAUUACCGAAUGCAUCGAGAAGAAGGAAAGCCAGGAUUGGAGAAAAAUCAAGCGUUCCUCCCAGUGGUGGUAUCAGUCCCCGGAAGAGAUUCAAGUAAGGAUCAGUGACAGUGCUGCGGCGAGAAAGGAUGAAAAUGGUGUCAGCUCAUGGUGGUGCGAGGACAAGAAAAAAUCGGACCUGAUUGGAUUGACGAUGGCUCGCGGAGCGUCUGGAAACCAAGUACAGAUAAUCCGGACGAUGAGAAGAGUGUUGUAGAGGCUGAAGAAAUUCGUGAUGCCUCUGGUGACGACGAGCUCGGCGAGAGAGUCCCCGGGAAUUAUCGCGGCAAAGUUCUGGCAACGAAGUGGGCUGCUACGAUUCGAGAGAAUUGCUCGCCUGGAUAUCUGAGGAUUGGAAGUUUUUUUUUUUUUCCGGGAGGAAGGAUUCUCGACUCUCAAUCUACUCGCAUUGAAAGGAAUGGAAGGAUUCAUACCUGGGAA